AUGGAGAGAUCCACCCCCACAUGUCUCCAUCCUAUGCUGGUUUGUGUCUUUGCCCAGAUCUUCGACCCUCCGGAGGAGCUGGAGCAGAAGGUGCAGGAGUUGGCAGACUUGAUCAGGAGCUCCUCCAAUGUGGUGUUUCACACAGGGGCAGGAAUCAGCACAGCCUCAGGGAUCCCUGACUUCAGAGGCCCCAAUGGUGUGUGGACCAUGGAAGAGAAAGGACUCUCCCCCAAAUUUGACACCACCUUUGAGAAUGCCAGACCCUCCAAGACUCACAUGGCACUGCUGGGGCUGCAGAGAGUUGGGAUCCUGAAAUUCCUGGUCAGCCAGAACGUGGAUGGCCUUCACGUGCGUUCCGGAUUCCCACGGGACAAGCUGGCUGAGCUCCAUGGGAACAUGUUUGUGGAAGAGUGCGUGAAAUGCGGCAAGCAGUACGUGCGGGACAGCGUCGUGGGCAGCAUGGGGCUGAAGCCCACGGGUCGGCUCUGCAGUGUCACCAAGGCCCGAGGGCUGAGAGCCUGCAGAGGGAAGUUAAGAGACACGAUUCUGGACUGGGAAGAUUCCCUGCCUGACCGUGACCUCACGCUGGCAGAUGAAGCCUGCAGGAAAGCUGAUCUCUCUGUCACCCUGGGCACCUCUCUGCAGAUCAAACCCAGUGGGAACCUCCCCCUGAUCACCAAGAAGAGAGGAGGGAAGCUGGUCAUAGUCAACCUACAAGCAACCAAACACGACCGCCAGGCUGACCUGCGCAUCCAUGGCUACGUGGAUGAGGUGAUGACAAAGCUGAUGAAGCACCUGGGGCUGGAGGUGCCAGAGUGGUCAGGGCCAGUGGUGGUGGAGCAUGCAGAGCUCACCAAGCCUGAACAGCUCAGCUCAUUGGACCCCACAGCCCGUGGGAGGCUGAAGGAGGAGCCUGUCUCCCAGCACAAUGGCACAGGAGGGAUGUGCCCUGGGAAUACGCUGGUGGAACGCCGGGAUGGGCUGAAGGAGGAGUGUCCCAGCCCGAGGAUGGUGAAGAAGAUGAAGGUGGAGCCUCUGCUGACCUGACCAGGACUGUUCCCUCUCUCUAGACGCUCGUCUGUGCCGCUUUUCCUACCGACUUUUUUUUAUAUCCUUAAAUAUUGUCCCUUUUUUUAUGUAAGUAUUAAACACACUUGAAUCGUG